UUCAUUAGUGUUCUCACAAUCGUCGAGCAAGCAACAUGAGCGGACUUAAAUCGAUGUGCAUUUUUGGCCUGGUUCUCCUGAGCUUGGCUGCCUUACCUUCAUCAGCUGAAGAGCUGAUUCUUAAUGGUGUCUCCGAGUUGGAGGGAGAUCAACGGAAGGAGGCUCUGGCUCUCUUGAAUGCUACCCUAGCUCAGCUGGCCACUGGAAAUGGACCCAGCUACAAGGCUAUCAACGUGACUUCUGUGACCGGUCAAGUCGUGUCUGGAACUCUCAAUACCUACGAACUGGAGCUGGAUAAUGGAUCCGACAAAAAGCAGUGCAACGUGAAGAUCUGGACUCGGCCCUGGCUACAGAAGGACGGCACCAACAUCAAGAUCAAGUGCACCGGUGACGAUGGCGAGAUUGACAGUACCUGGUAAAAAGGUCUUCCUUUUACAUUGUAAAUAAUAUAUCUCCAAUCUCUCUAAAAACUUGUUCUUUUUUGGACUUUUGAAAAAUAAACUGCGCCUUUGGCUGUAUAAACAUAAA